UUCUUCAAAACACUCACGGAUCAAGUCAUCACCGUCGAACUGAAAAAUGAUCUUUGCAUCACUGGGACUCUCAAAUCGGUAGAUCAAUUCUUAAACAUUCGUUUAGACGGUAUAACUGUAGAAGAUCCUGAAAGACAUCCUCAUAUGAUGGCAGUGAAAAAUUGUUUCAUAAGAGGUUCAGUGGUGAGGUACGUUCGUAUGGGUGCUCGGAGUGUAGAUACUACAUUGUUGGAGGAUGCUACGCGAAGAGGUGAGUGCAUGGUUCAAGUUCUGAAAGGAUUGAGGUCGGGCUAA